CAAAUUUUGCACACCUCCGUGCAUCGGUGUCACAUUACGGAUAAUUUAGGUUAUAAUAACAAAAUUGUCAGAAAUUAUGAAGUGAAGGUUCGAGUGAGGAGCAAAACUUUCGUUAAUCCAAAUUAAACGUAUCAACAGAAACCACGAUUAAUUUUCCCAUCCAAUAAUGCCAGAAGAGAAAGAAAAGAAAUCAAAAAAAGACAACUCAAAAUCAUCCAAAAAGCAACCUAAGAAGUCCAGUGGCUGCGUCAGCAACAAAGGUCCGGGUCCAGCACGUUACCUCCUUCCCCCGCUGACCGGAUAUCCUCAUCAUGACGCAACGAGGUUCAGAAAUCCCGCCUUCUCCUUCCGGAGUAGACAGUCCUCGGGGAUGCCAUGCAACAGUCCUGGGCCCAAGUACUACAUCUCAAGUCCACCAAGGCCUCCAGCAUUCUCCUUCGGGUUCCGAGCGUCAUCAACGGCUAAAUCCUGCACUCCGGGACCAUACAAGCUCCCUGACAGUCCACGCUCGCCGAUAUUCACAAUCAGGGGAAGAACGAAUCCAAGAACAGCCGGCGUCACUCCAGGACCAUACCAGCUGCCUCCCGUGAUGGGAUGCCGCGUACCCGACAAGACGGCGUCGCCUUGUUUCACAUUCGGAGCUCGACCCUGCGGGACCAAGUGUGACGGGAGUCCAGGGCCGAAGGGCCUGACGAACCUGGAUGUGAUAAAACCACGAGCGCCGAGGUUCAGCCUUGCGCCCCGACAGACCGGGAGCCUCAAGACCUGUGGUCCUGGUCCGAAGUACAUGUACUGCUACAAGUGCCACAAGUGUGCUCCAAACUUCAGCUUCGGUAUACGUCACAGCGACUGCGCCCCACCGAUGAUAACUGAGUGUGAUGAGAAGUGCUGAACUUUUCACGGAGAUCUGUACCAGUCAACGAUUGUGACGAAUUAUAAUUAUGCAGUCUGGUUGAGAAUGCUUAAA